UGUUGACGUUGUAUUUUGUGAUGUUUAUUUUGAGUAGGUAGGGGACCAAAAAUUGUAAAUUGUAUUAGUAAAUGUGGUAGCUUGUGUGUGUCGCGUAUAUACGAUAGGAGGUACUUAAUUCGAGGUUUUUCUGCUUUUAUUAAGUACAAAAGAGUGGUUAUUUUAUUCCAAAAUCGAGCAUAAAUAAACUAAAAAGUGCAAGUGUUAUUUAAAAAGUGUCAAAAAGUUUCCAGAAACUGUUUUUAAUACCAGAAUGAGUUCAUAACCACAAUCUUGGCCGUGAUUAUUUGAUUGUCGAACAUUUUAAUACAACAAUGGAUUUCCUGAAAGAAAUCUAGUGCUAGCAAUGGAAUCGGAAGAUGCUCUGAAAUAUUAUCUAGAGGAAGUCAAAGAUACUCAGCAUGAUAUAAACCACAUCGAAGAAGAAAUACACAUACCAAACGAAGCCGAACAGGCGACUGACUUCCUUCAGAAUGCGGGACUCGGAGACCUCUCAAAGCUCUACCAGCAGGGCAAAGAGAUAACCGAAAAUGUGAUCAAAAAUUCCGUUCAUCAAAGGAAUCUGAGCGAGAAACAGGCCCAGACUAUUCGAUCUCGAGUGAGGAUUCUAAAUCAAACAUUGAGGAGUCGACAACCACGAAGAAAACAAAGACAGGACAUUCGAGACAUUUCUUGGAAUGCUGAGACUUCAAGUACAGGAACUAGGUCACGAUCUGCUACUCCGGAUUCCUUGGAUUCUCUUGACAAUUUAAAUGACGAAAUUACUUAUGAUGACCAAAAUUUGACUUCGCUAUCUCCCUUCUCACUGGAUCUACAAGACACAGGAGGAAAAAAGAAAAUAAAAUCAACGAAUAGUGAACCAUGGCAAAACAAAAAGUUUUACAGAAACGACCGAGGAGAUGUAGCUCAUACUGGCUCUGAAAAUGUAGUUCUAAAAGGUUACCAAGCUUUAUCCGAAAAUGGAACAUCACCUCGACCUCCCAGAGAAAGAAGUGGUAGCGAUCCAACCACCGAGAUCCAUUUCCAACCCCUAAAACAACGCAAUUCUGCAGACUCUGUGAGACCGACGCAAAACGAUCAUCAUAAACCUCUGUUUCGAAGCCAUACUAGUGUAACAAAGAAUAACACAAAGGUUUACUUGAACAGUAAUGAAACCAAUGAAAUAGAAGCUGUCAGUUUUGAAGGAAUGUUGAAAAAUGAUAAUGAUACUAAUGCUGUGAUUAUUGAAAAAUGGGACAACGAAGGGAUCAGUAUUGAUCAGUUAAGUGAUAGUGAAUACCAAUAUUUAAAGCCACUGUUGUACAUGGAAUUAGUUGCCAUAUUUGAUACUUAUAAGAUUGUUACGACAUAUUUAAAACGCAAGGCUAGUAAAAACAAAGGUGGAAAUGUUUUUGGGGUGAACCUUUCAACAUUGGUAAUGCGUGAUAUGCCCCGACCAACCGAUCACUCAAUGGUACCAGAGAUUUUUCACGAUAUUAUAGACAAUUUGAAUACCAGAUGCAUCAAGGAAGACGGAAUUCUUCGUCUUGCCAGCCAAAAACAAAAGCUGGAGAUAUUGUGCAACGAUAUAGAAACCAAAUUUUAUAGCUCCAAUAGAAAAGAAGUGGAACAGUUGCUUAAACAAGCGCCUGUUCACGAAUUAACCGGAGUUCUUAAGAAAUUAUUGAGAGAUUUACCUGAACCUGUAUUUACAAUGGAACUUUUUGAAAUGUUUUAUAAGACUAGCAAUAUUGCUAACACCGAAAUGAAAUUAAAAGCUUUAAAUUUGCUGGUGCUGAUGUUGCCUAUUGAGCAUCGAAACACUUACCGUCUAUUAUUAAAGUUUUUCCAAAACAUUAUAAAUAACGAGAAGUACAAUCGAAUGAAUUUACACAAUGUUGCUAUGAUUAGUGCGCCUUCUUUGUUCCCUCCAAGACUGUUAUUACCUAAUAAAACAGCGCUGAAGCAACUUUCGAAGGAAGAAAUGACGAAGCAGAUCCAAGAUGCCGCAGUGUGCUGUAUACUGAUGGAGGUGAUGCUAACUGCUGGGGACCAGCUUUGGAUUGUUCCGGGUUACCUGGCUGACCAAGCGAGGGAGGCCCAGAAAAGAGCUCAAGAUAGAAGGGAUCUGAGCAAAGACAAAGACAAAAGAAUUGUACGUUACAUCAUCGAGACAAUUUUAUGCGGUUUUGGUGGUAUGGGAAGUAGAGCGGUCUGGUAAAAACAAACCGGUAAGAAGCAACACUCAUUAUGAAGCCAGUGUAAUGAAUAUACCAAGAAUGAAGAGGGACUUUUAUGUUUGAAUGUAGUAGAUUAAUUUUAACUCAUUCCAAUCAGUAUGUUGGUGCGUUAGUAAUUUACAUUAUAACGUUUUGUUGUGAUUUUAAUAUUUACACAAUAAUUUAUAUACAAAAUGUGCCAAAAAAAUAAACAUUGUGUUUUUUA